AUGGGCUCCAGCUCCUCCUCCUAUUCCCCUAAAACCAUUUACCUGGAUGUGGAUGGAAAGGUUCAAAAGGUGGUGUUCAGUGGGCACUGCAGCCCAUGUGACAUCAAGGAGCUUCUGUGUACCUCAUCUAACAUUCCCAGGAACACUGCCAUCAUGAUAAUGGACCCAGAAGGAGCCAUGGUCUCCAUAGAUCCCACCAUGCCCACCAACUCUCCAAACUCUCUGUACAAAGUUGUUCCUCUGUCUACUGGUCAAAUUGGAGAUAAGGAGGACAUGUUUCAGAACGUGUUGUCCCAGGUGGCUGAUCAGUUCAGCAGAGCCUUUCGCAUCAACGAGUUGAAGACUGAGGUCACCAACAGGCUAGCGAUGCUGGAGAAGAGAGUGGAACUGGAGGGCUUGAAGGUGGUGGAGAUUGAGAAGUGUAAAAAUGAUCUGAAAAAGCUACGAGAUGAGAUGACUUCCAGAGGUGGUGGCAGAGUAAACUGUCCAUGCAAAUACAACUUUGACGAUGGGAAGAAGGUCACUCCUAGACGAGAUGUCCCCAAUUACCCAAAGUACACACUGUCUCAGGAGACUGUUGAGGCGCUCAAGAAGCCAACAUUCGAUGUCUGGCACUGGGAACAUAACGAGAUGCUGAGUUGUUUGGAGUAUAUGUACCAUGACUUGGGACUGGUGAAGGAAUUCAACAUGAACCCCAUCACACUCAAACGCUGGCUGUUGGCAAUUCAGGAGAACUACCGUAAUAAUCCUUUCCACAACUUUCGCCACUGCUUUUGCGUUAGUCAGAUGAUGUAUGGCAUGAUUAACCUCUGCAACCUACAGGAGAAGCUGACUCUUACAGAUAUUGGCAUUCUAAUGACAGCUGCAGUGUGUCAUGACCUGGACCACCCUGGCUACAACAACACGUACCAAAUCAAUGCCCGCACAGACCUGGCAGUGCGCUACAACGACAUAUCGCCGCUGGAGAACCAUCACUGUGCUGUGGCCUUCCAGAUCCUCUCUCUUCCUGAGUGCAAUAUUUUUGCAAAUGUGGAUCCUGAGGCAUUCAAACAGAUCAGACAGGCAAUUAUUACCCUCAUUUUGGCCACCGACAUGGCCAGACACGGGGAGAUACUAGACUCCUUUAAGCAAAAAGUGGACAACUUUGACUUCACCAAUGAAGAGCAUGUGACAUGUCUGAAGAUGGUUUUGAUCAAGUGCUGUGACAUUUCCAACGAAGUGAGGCCGACUGAGGUAGCCGAGCCAUGGGUAGACUGCUUAUUGGAGGAGUACUUCAUGCAGAGUGACAGGGAGAAGUGUGAGGGCCUCCCUGUGGCUCCCUUCAUGGACAGAGAUAAAGUCACCAAACCGACUGCUCAGAUUGGAUUCAUCAAGUUUGUCCUCAUCCCAAUGUUUGAGACUGUCAUGAAGCUUUUUCCUCAGAUUGAAGAGAUCAUGGUUCAACCUUUGAGAGACUCGCGUGACCACUAUGAGGAGCUGAAACAGAUUGAUGAUGCCAUGACAGAGGCACAGAAGAAAAAAACUGAAAAUAUGUCAUUAGGCGGGAAGAAGAAGUAAGCUCUGCAGUGAGUGAGUGCAGUGGUAUCUGUGGGUCCUCUUUUGUGAUCAAAC